AUGAGGUUCAACGCUGCUGCUGCCGUCUCGGCCGCCGCCUUCCUGGCCGGCUCUGUCCGUGCCGACGAUGCCCAGAAGGUCUUGAGCGAGGAUAAGGAGGCAGCCACCUCAUCCGCUCCUGAGCUCGCCACCUUCACUCCCACCAACAUCAAAGCCGAGUUCCUCGAGCAGUUCACCGAUGGCUGGGACGGCCGCUGGAAGGCCUCUCACGCCAAGAAGCAGACGCAGGGCGAUGACGAGGAGGAGUGGGCUUACGUCGGCGAGUGGGCCGUAGAGGAGCCCAAGGUCUACAAGGCCGUCGAGGGCGAUGCCGGUCUUGUUGUCAAGAACGCCGCCGCUCACCACGCCAUCUCGGCCAAGUUUCCCAAGCCCGUCGACAACACCGACAAGACCCUCGUGGUCCAGUACGAGGUCAAGCUUCAGAACGGCCUCGAAUGCGGUGGUGCCUACAUGAAGCUUCUCCGCGACAACGCUGCUCUCCACCAGGACGAGUUCAGCAAUACCACGCCUUACGUUAUCAUGUUCGGACCGGACAAGUGCGGCCAUACCAACAAGGUCCACUUCAUCUUUAACCACAAGAACCCCAAGACGGGCGAGUACGAGGAGAAGCACCUGAAGACGCCUCCCACCGCCAAGAUCGCCAAGACAACCCAGCUGUACACCCUCAUCGUCAACCCCGACAACACCUUCGUCAUCAAGCACAACGGCGACGAGGUCAAGUCGGGCUCCCUUCUGGAGGACUUCACCCCUUCGGUCAACCCCCCCCAGGAGAUCGACGACCCCACCGACAGCAAGCCCGCUGACUGGGUUGAUGAGGCGCGUAUCACCGACCCCGAGGCCAAGAAGCCCGAGGACUGGGACGAGGAUGCUCCCUAUGAGAUUGUCGAUGAAGACGCCGACCUGCCCGAGGAUUGGCUCGUGGAUGAGCCCCUCACCAUUCCCGAUCCCGAGGCCGAGAAGCCUGAGGACUGGGAUGACGAGGAGGAUGGUGACUGGACCCCCCCCAGCGUCAGCAACCCCAAGUGCGCCGAAGUCUCCGGCUGCGGCCCCUGGCAGAAGCCCACGAAGCUCAACCCCGACUACAAGGGCAAGUGGGUCGCCCCCUUGAUCGAAAACCCUGCCUACAAGGGUCCUUGGGCUCCUCGCAGGAUCAAGAACCCCGACUUCUUCGAGGACAAGACCCCGGCCAACUUUGAGCCCAUUGGAGCUAUUGGCUUCGAAAUCUGGACCAUGCAGAACGACAUCAUGUUCGACAACAUCUACAUCGGCCACUCGGUUGAGGAUGCCGAGAAGUUGGCCGAGGAGACCUUCAAGGCCAAGCAUGCUAUCGAGAAGGCGCUCGAGGAGGCUGAGAAGCCCAAGAGGAAGGAGGAGGAGGAGAAGCAGAAGCCCGCCUCUCCCAACGACCUCAAGUUCCUCGACGACCCCGUCCUCUACAUCAAGGAGAAGGUCGACCUCUUCAUCACCAUUGCCCAGAAGGACCCCGUCGAGGCGAUCCGGUUCGUCCCCGAGGUUGCUGGCGGCAUUGGCGCCGUUCUGGUCACUCUGAUCGCCAUCAUUGCCGGGCUCGCCAACCUGGGCGGUAGCGCGGCGCCGGCGGCCAAGAAGGUCGCUGGUGAUGCGAAGGCGACCGCGAAGGAGGCGAAGGAUAAUGUCACCAAGGCGACUGGCGCGGAGACGACCAAGUCGGAGGCCACUAAGCGGACCAACAAGGGUCAGUCUUAG